AAUCUGGAUCUGCAGUAUCCACUUCAAUUUCAAUCGCUUUGCAACUAGUAAACAAAAGUUCUGAAACAAAAGAAAUAGGUUAAGUUUCUUUUAUUUUUAUGUAGCAAAGUCUAUUCGAGAAACAAAUGAUUUAGAGAUUUCGUAAUUUCUAUAUUCAUAUUGAUUUAUAUCUAUGUAUAAUGUUGAGGAUUCCUGCAUUGCACACAACAAGGAGAUGCUACGCUUCUAAGGCCGAUUUGGAUAAAAUUAUAAGAGUUGAUCAUGCAGGAGAGUUGGGAGCUGAUAGGAUUUAUGCGGGGCAAAUGGCAGUUUUGGGAAAUACAAAGAAAGGCCCUUUGAUUCAGCACAUGUGGGAGCAAGAGAAAAACCACAGAGCCAAAUUUGAAGAGCUGAUUAGGAAACAUAGAGUUAGACCUACAGUAAUGACACCAAUUUGGAAUGUAGCUGGUUUUGUUUUAGGAGCUGGAAGUGCUUUACUUGGAGACAAAGCAGCAAUGGCAUGUACUGUAGCUGUUGAAACUGUAAUUGUUGAACAUUAUAACGAUCAGUUGAGAACGUUGAUGGAUGAUCCGGAUGCAAACAAGGAGUUAUUGGAGACCAUCACAAAAUUCAGGGAUGAAGAACAGGAGCAUCAUGAUCACGGUAUCGAGCAGGGUGCAGAGCAAGCACCGUUCUACAAGGCUUUUUCGGAAUUAAUUAAAGUUGGAUGCAAAACAGCAAUUUCCAUUUCGAAAGUGAUUUAAAUAAUUAUGUUGCGAUAAAAUAGUUAAAUAAAAAAUUGUGAUAGGCAA